GUCUAAUAAGCGAUGUUUGUGAAUGACGCGACCGUUACAAUUCAAAAAUACUUAACGGUCAAAAUCAAACAGUCAGGUAGACAGUUUUUUCUCUCCGUUGUAAAAAAGUGAAAUAAUAAAAGAGUCGCGGCACCAGUUUUCCUGAAAAUGGCUAGUACGCCCUUUAAAAAACCCCUACCGUGUUCUAGCAGCACAGAAAGUUUACCCACUUCCGAGGAUGGAGCUUCAACACAAACUUCGGGAGACACCUAUGCAGACAUUCCCCUGGUACCCCUUUUCGACGAUCUGAUGAGGAAAAUAGACGCAUUAAAGGGUAACAAAACUCACUAUUUGGAUACCUGCAUAAAUCUUGCCGAACAGAUCAAAUUUCUGUUCAGUGAACAUAAAAUCGCCUUGUUAGAAUGUAGGAGGUUGUUGAAGGAACUGGACAACAAAGUGCAAGAAAACAGCGAUAUUUUGAGGAACCUUCAAAAUGCCAGAACUAUGUUGGACAAUGAAAAAAGAAAACGAAGACAAGCAGAGAAAGAAAGGGACAAUUUGAGACACAAGUUUUCAGAGUGGUGUAUUUCAUUGUUGAGGGAUGAUGAGAAUAGGAUCUUAGAUAAGUAUAGAGAGGAGAUGGUAAAGAUAAACAACUAUGAGGAUCAGACAUGGAAACAUUCCAAUGCUGAUCAUGGACAUGAAGAUAAUCAUUUGAGGACUAUUCCAGAAAUUAACUCUACAGGGUCAAUUUUGUCAGAUUUGAGCUAUUCUAGAUCUGAGGAUGAUUUAGACAGCUCAUACUGUAAGACUCAAAAGAAGAGGGAAGCAUGGAAGACACUGUACCCUACAACUAAAGAAGAACCAGCUUCUAAAAAGAGGCGUUCAUCAUCUAAUGCAGCAGUAGAGAUUGGGCCAAAAGAUACUGUAAGAGCCACCACUACAUUGACUGUACCAAAGCAUGGACCUAUCACUGCUACAUCUAUUAUUGAAUCAUUACCCCAGGGUGACCAACAAAAUGGUGGGCUACCAGUCCCGCCAGACAUGGUCUUUGAAUCAUGGGCUCAGAAAGGAGCAACUCCUAAAGCUACAACAGACAUCACUGCAAAAGGCACUCCUCGUUCAUAUCUUGGGACACCGCAUCAUACAUAUAAGGGCACUCCAUAUGCAGGAACGUACAAGACUCCUAACAUGGAGAGCAACAACAAUCUGAGGCAACACUGCUUCCAGCAGAAGACGGCUAUGGUUCCAGAAACAUGUUUAGGUUGCAACAAGCGCAUCAAGUUCAGCAAACGCCUCUCCAAGUGUAAAGAUUGCAAAUGCGUUUCCCAUCCCGAGUGCCAGGACCUGUUGCCGUUGCCUUGCGUUCCCAGCGCUUUCACACCUAACCAGAGAAAAAUCAUAAGCGGAACGGUGGGGGACUAUGCCCCUCUUAACCCGCCUAUGGUGCCGGCACUGAUCGUGCAUUGUCUUACGGAGAUUGAGCAGAGAGGGCUCAAUGAACUGGGUCUAUAUCGCAUCCCCGGCUCUGAGAAAGACGUCCGCGACCUAAAGGACCGUUUCCUGAACGGCAAGGGCUCCCCGAACCUAAAAGACCUAGACAUCCAUGUACUAUGCAGCUGCGUGAAGGAUUUUCUACGGUCACUGUCAGAACCCUUGGUCACUCACCAUCUGUGGAAGGAGUUCGCACAAGCGGUAACUGCCAGAGAUGAAAGAGAUGUGCUGCCUGCGUUGUAUCAUGUGCUAGGGCAGUUGCCGAGGCCAAAUAGGGAUACGUUAGCGUUUCUCAUGCUGCACUUGCAAAAGGUUGCAGAAUCUCCGGAGUGCAAAAUGCCUUUGGAAAAUCUGGUGCGCGUAUUUGGACCUACCCUUAUGAGAUAUAGCAGCGACGACCAAAAUCUGGGAAAAUGCAUGGAAGAGACCGAAAUGGGCUUCAAGGUGGUGGAGAGGAUGAUUCAAAUGCCUACAGAUUAUUGGCUAAGUUUUGUGAAUGUAAACACAAACGAUGCACCUGGUAAGUUACAGCAGACCCCGAGCACAGAUUCGUUACUCAGGCCUAACACGGGCAAAUUUUUAACACCCAGAAGAGCCAAGAGGCUUAGAGAACACAAGAAUAAGUUUUCUACGCCUCCGUUUAUGAAGUAAUUGCGACAUUUAUUCGUUAUCGUACAGGUAAUAUGUAAACGAUAGCCUAACUGAUAUAACCGAUUAAGCGGGAAGUUAUGAUGAAAUCAUUGAAUUUAUUUACUGCUACCGAUCUACCACAUCAAUAAAGUGUAUAUUUAUAGAUUCAUACAAUUGCCUCGAAACUGUACCAACAACAAUAAAGUAGCACUAGUGCCUAUGUUGAACUUUUAUUUCUUGUUGCGGAAUGGUUUACAGUCGGGAAACAAUCACAAUAGUGUUUUUUAUGCUACCGACUAUGAAAUUUCGAUAGUGGUUACUUUGGCAAGUAACAUAUAGCAAAGGUGUAUAAAAUAGUACAUCAGGUCCGUUAAAGAAUAAGUCCAGUUUUCUAUAUUUUCUUCAAAAUGAUAUUAGAGAUGACAUCUAUAGCCAGACAGUACUGUUUCAACCACCUCUGUCAGACACCCUUAAACUUUAAUAAAUUGGAGUUGGACUUUCGUCAUAGUAAAGCUGAGAUUUAUACUGAGUGUCCAGGAACAAAUUUCCCUUUUCAAAGGAUAUUAAAAAAUUGUCUUGAAGUUUUAAAAUUAAUUUAUUGAAGCAAAAAUACACACAGUAUAGCCCCUUUUCAAGUUUUAAAAAUUAUAUUGUCGAGGUGCCAUUCCGGUCGAAAUACUCCUGCAAUGCCAUCUUCAUGUGGUAAAAAACUGCUACGCAUAAUUCAGGUGUAAUUGCUCGAAUUUCUUCCCGUAUUUUUUGUUUCAAUUCUUGCAAAUUCCUAGGCCGAUUAACAUAAACUUUACUUUAAAGGUAUCUCUACAAAAAAAUGUCACAUGGGGUGAGAUCUGGAGACCUCGCUGGCCAGUUUAGAUCUCCAAAGCGAGAGAUGACCUUUUCAGGGAAUAAUUCCCGAAGCAUUGCACAAUAACGAUCACUAGUCACAGUCUAGGCUAUGCUACGUUGGUUCUCAAAAAAGAACGGACCGAUAAUUCCUAAAGCCGACAUUGCAUACCACACAGUUACUUUUGGGCUAUGUAGGGGCUUUUCGUGUUUUUGCCUUGGAUUCUCUGGUGCCCAAUAGCGACAAUUUUGCUUAUUAACUGCGGGUGAAAGUGCGUGUCGUCACUGAACAGAAUAAUGUUAAUUCGGCCGUUUGCAAAAAAAAAGGUACGACGGUUUGUAAAGUCAUUUGGGUUUAAUUUUUGCACUAUUUGAAUGAAGCUUUAAAUCUCUCCUUAAAUUAGUGUGAAAAGAUUCUUUACGCAAACCUGUGAGGUUUUACGAACAGAUCGACUUGGAUUUUGAAUUAGAGCGGCGCGUACAGCUUCAACAUUCUCAGGAGUAGUUACAGUCCUUAGUCGACCAGGGCGUUUCACAUUUAAAGCUGACAAUUUUCUCUAAACCUCUUCACCAACGAUUUCACUAAAUUUUUACUUGGUGCGUCCUCCACACGCUAAUAUUGAAGUGAGCACAAAACAUUCGUCUUGCAAUUGAGUACGAGUCAUUGUUCUUCAAAAUAUGCCUCAAUAAUUUCAACUAAAUAAUCCGCAUGGAUUCACAAAAAAGGGAAAUGUAUUCCUGGAUAUCUUGUAUAUGUUACUUGGGGGACUAUCAAAAGACUGUACCCCAGUAGCAAGCUUGUUUUAAUGGGUUUUAUUUUGAGCGAGUCACAUUGCAAGCCUGCAAUUUACGAGUAUAUGCUGAAUAGUGUCUUUCGAAUUUAUCAAAAAAUAUCAUUGCAUCGAAUUAUUUAUGAUUAAAGACAUUUAUCCAAUAAAAUACUCAUGUUAGAAAAUCCAUAAAAAUCCAACAAAUGAAGGAUUUUGUCAACUUUCCUAAAAUCAGUUGGUGAGUUU